CUCUCGUUCACUGCGGCUGCGGGCGGCAUCCAUCGCCAAAGAAGACGAGGCACACGGAGCCCGGCGCCCGCCGCCGCCGCCGCCAUCGCAGCCCGUCUCGCUGCCGGAGCUAGAUGCAGGCCAUCAAGUGUGUGGUCGUGGGAGACGGGGCUGUGGGGAAGACCUGUCUGUUGAUCAGCUACACGACAAAUGCCUUCCCCGGAGAAUACAUCCCCACUGUGUUUGAUAAUUAUUCUGCCAACGUCAUGGUAGAUGGGAAGCCAGUAAACCUGGGACUGUGGGAUACAGCAGGACAAGAAGACUAUGACAGGCUAAGGCCUCUUUCCUACCCACAGACGGAUGUUUUCCUGAUCUGCUUCUCACUGGUGAGCCCAGCUUCCUUUGAAAACGUCCGAGCCAAGUGGUACCCAGAAGUUCGACAUCACUGCCCCAACACACCAAUCAUUUUGGUGGGCACCAAGCUGGAUCUGAGGGAUGACAAGGACACCAUUGAGAGGCUGCGUGACAAGAAGCUGGCUCCCAUUACCUACCCUCAGGGUCUAGCUAUGGCCAGGGAAAUUGGUUCAGUCAAGUACCUAGAGUGUUCUGCCCUUACACAGCGUGGCCUCAAGACUGUCUUUGAUGAAGCCAUCCGUGCUGUGCUCUGUCCUCCCCCCGUGAAGAAGCCUGGCAAGAAGUGCACCGUGUUCUAAGGGCGUCUGAGUUCAGCAUGUUAUGGGUGUCUCCUCCUUGUAUGUGCCAGGAGGAAGCGUUCGCUGGGUGUUCCCGCAAUGGGAGAGGCGGGGCCCUUCAUCAUGUACGAAGUCAGUGUUUUUUAAAUGUCUCUUUGAUUUAACGUCUGUGUCGAUGUAAAAGGGCCGCAUGGGAGGAGGAGGAGCUCAAUGCUGUCCCACCCCCAGGGCGGAGCGGUGGGAGGUGCAUGCUCCCCGUGUCUCCAUGCCAGGGGGGGUAAUGCGUGAAUGGAAAGACCAGCCCUUUAUUACUACUUCUAUUGGUGCUAGAGCAUUGUGGCAGGAGCAGGUAACAAACCCCAGCUGGGGCAGGGAAAGACAAACGGGACACAGGUUGAAGAAGCAGCCUUUAUAGUGCUUUAUUUGCACGAGACACUAGCAAAGCUAAAUGAUCAGUGCAGCUCUGUGCCACCCCAAGCUGCCUUUGCCUUUCAGGAUAUCAGCCUGUGUGCUGCUCCUCAGCUGGUUUUACAGACCAUCAGCUCUCCCAAAGAUGGAGAGUUGGAGGAAGGCCUCUUUACCUUGUCUGGCCUGAGCAGGACAGGGCCAGAUGGCAGGAACCUUUCUGUAAGAUUAAAGAUGAUGCAGGUGGAAAGGGUUAUGGCCAACCCCUUCCUUUUGUCAGGUGGGAUGGACUGGGGGAUGGAGCAGGGAGAGCUUUGGAGGGGUUGGGAUGGAGACGGGUCCAGUUUUUAAUCAUCGUGUAGAGUGAUGAGCUGAACACCUCUUAUUUUAUACAAUAAACAUUUCUCCAUAAGUAA